AGAGUUCUUUUUUUCUUCAGAAAGCAGUAAAGGCGAUUCUGGCAACACUCAGCAAAUAUUCAAACCUAACUUUGACAUUUCAUUUUUUGUAAGGCUGGAAGGAAAUCAACUCGCAAUAUUUUUAAAAUAAUGUGAGUUGUGAUCGGUGUUGAGGUGAAUUUGUUUUAUUAUAAAUGUUGUUUGGAAUGUACAAAUUUUAUACCAAACCAACGGUACACAAUGUCAGGACAAGCUGAAGGACCAACCCAAGAAAAUAACCAGAAUGUCACAGGACCACAGUUUACUUUUACUCGAACUCGUAACAAUAACCAGAACCAGUUGUUUAAUGUUAGAGAUAGGUUAUUUCAUACAUUAUUUUAUAGAGCAGCUCUAGGGUAUGCAAGGACAAUUCCCCGAGCAGGGCGUAGAUUUUUAGAGUUUCUAAGCUUAGUAUUAGCACUAGCAGCAUUUUUUGUAUUGAUGUACAUUCACUAUUCCUUUUCUCGAUCACCGAAUACAUGUUUAGCUAACAUUAAAGAUACUUGGCCUAGAGAGGGUAUUCUAAGAGUUGAAAUAGUGAGAAAUGUCGCAAAAGACUACAGCAUAGAGCAGAGUUAUGCUAAGGAGGAGAAACUGAAGCAACAAAGUAAAACACAUGAUUUGACUAGCAUGUUAGGAGUUUUUGCUAGAGAGGAGUUUGUUAACAUUGAGCCAUCACCAGUGGAACAAACGGACAAAGAGACGCAGCCCCUGAGUGAUCAAAGUUAUGUCAGUAUCACGGAAAGGCCAAUAACCAAUACUACAACUCCAAACUUUUUGGCGAAUAUUUCAUCAACUAUUUGGGAUGGUAUUAGUAUAAUGACACAACUUCCUAAAGCUGCAGCUCAUAUGUCCAAUGUAAAUCAGUCAAAUGUAGAUAAAAAUCAUCAAGUUGAAAAACUGUCAGAUAAAUUGACCCCUGCACCUGUUACUAACGGAUUGGAGAAAGGAUUUCCUGAAGAUGAAUACAUAGUGGAAUAUUCUUUGGAAUAUGGUUUUUUGAGAUUGAGUCCUGCUACAAGGGAGCGGCUUAAGAUACCAGUUCACAUUGUCCUGCUCGAUCCCACAAAAGAUGAAUGUUUUGGUGAUCCAUUUAGUAGAGUUAUUUUGAAAGAAUUUUUGGGCUAUGAUGACCUGCUGAUGGCUUCAAUAAAGACUCUUGCUGAAGAGGAAAAUAAUAAAGGCUACUUAAGGAAUGUGGUAUCUGGUGAACACUACCGAUUUGUCAGUAUGUGGAUGGCAAAAACAUCUUAUUUUGCAGCCUUUUUCAUCAUGGUUGUAUUUUUCAUCUGUUUGUUGCAGACGAUAUCAGUUUCGAUGUUGCUUCGGUAUUCGCAUCAUCAGAUAUUCCUGUUUAUCGUUGACUUGCUUCAAAUGCUGGAAUUCAACGUGACGGUAAAUUUUCCGGCGGCGCCCGUGCUCACUGUUAUUUUGGCGUUAGUAGGGAUCGAAGCUAUUAUGUCCGAGUUCUUCAACGACACGACCACGGCCUUCUACAUAAUUCUGAUUGUGUGGUUGGCAGAUCAGUAUGACGCGAUAUGCUGUCACACGGCGAUUACCAAAAGAUAUUGGCUCAGGUUUUUUUAUUUGUAUCAUUUCCUCUUCUACGCCUACCACUAUCGCUUCAAUGGUCAGUACAGUAGUUUGGCCUUGAUUACAUCGUGGUUCUUCAUUCAGCAUUCUAUGUUGUACUUCUUUCACCACUACGAACUGCCGGUGAUACUGCAGCAGGAGCAAUUUCAGCAGUUUUUCAUUCGGACUUCUCAGCAGCAACAACAACCUGCCGCUCUAUUUAGAGACGGAGCUGCCAUAACGAACAAUUUUCCUUUAAUAAGGGGACGCAUCACGCAGCUGCUCUCCGCAGUGAGGUCGUCAACGACAACACAAACCUCCUCCGUUACCGUCAACCAAGUUGCCACAUCUACAUCAGCGACUUCUACUUCGACUAUCGGCACUAUUGCUCAACCGGUGAUCUCGAGCCAAUCGAGUCAGACACCAUCAGCAUCGGUGGAGACCACUGAGUCCCAGACAUCAACCGGAGGUCCUUCAGUGACGGCGUCUAGUCAAACGAAUGACGAAGGUUUGAAAACCUACGCGUCAAUAAAUAUUUUAUAUUUGGGCCUGUUAAAUUUGGAUUGAAGUCAAAGAAAGCUUGCCGUAAAGAUAAGUGUGCUUAGCGUUACCGUAAAACAAAUUUAAUUAAAUUUAAGCAGUGUAUAAAUAAGUGUUAUUUAAAUUGGCCUAUUUCACCUGUAUAUAUAUAUUUUUUUUGUUUAUUAGGUGGAUGUAAAUUAUACCGUUGAUUAAUAAAUACCACAGUUAAAAA